GUCCCAGCCCCCGCUCCCACCCCUGCGGGCUCGGAGGUGGGGAGCGAGGGGCAGGCGCGCACUAACAGCGCUCGGUGCUCUCUCGGCAGAAAGUCCUGGAGCUGAAGGAGGAUUUGAAGCCGGUCCCCGCUGCCCCUGCGGAACAGCAGCCGCUCUUGCCUCGCUCAGAGGAACUAAGCUAUUCUUGUAGUGUCCCAUAGAAUUUCCCAGUCUUCUUCCUCUGGUUCUGAGUCUGCUCCUCCGCGUGGCACCUUGGAGUUUCUAGCUGGCACCAUUACCUCCAACGAGUGGAGUUCUCCCACCUCCCCUGAGGGGAGCAACGACUCGGGGGGCAGCGAGGCCUUGGACAAACCCAUCGACAAUGACGCCGAGGGCGUGUGGAGCCCGGACAUCGAGCAGAGCUUCCAGGAAGCGCUAGCCAUCUACCCGCCAUGCGGCCGCCGCAAGAUCAUCCUGUCCGACGAAGGCAAGAUGUAUGGCCGAAAUGAGUUGAUUGCCCGCUAUAUUAAGCUGAGAACAGGGAAAACACGCACAAGGAAACAGGUAUCUAGUCACAUCCAGGUGCUGGCAAGGCGGAAAGCUAGAGAGAUCCAAGCCAAGCUCAAGGAUCAGGCAGCUAAAGAUAAAGCCAUGCAGAGUAUGGCUACAAUGUCAUCUGCCCAGAUAAUCUCUGCAACUUCCUUCCAUAGUAAAAUGGGCUUGCCUGGUCUCCCACGACCAGCCUACCCUGCUGUUUCUGGGUUUUGGCAAGGACCAUUGCCAGGCCAAGCGGGAUCUUCCCAGGAUGUGAAACCUUUUUCUCAACAACCUUAUGCUGUACAGCCUCCGCUUCCAAUACCAGGGUUUGAAUCUCCUGCUGGCCUCUCACCUUCCCCGUCAGCACCAGCGUGGCAAGGACGAAGGGUUGCUAGCUCCAAACUUUGGAUGUUAGAGUUCUCUGCAUUCUUGGAACAACAACAAGACCAAGACACAUAUAACAAGCACCUGUUUGUGCACAUUGGGCAGUCGAGCCCCAGCUACAAUGACCCCUACCUCGAGGCAGUGGAUAUCCGGCAGAUCUAUGACAAGUUCCCUGAGAAGAAAGGGGGCCUGAAGGAGCUCUUUGAAAGGGGGCCAGCCAAUGCCUUCUUCCUUGUCAAAUUCUGGGCUGAUUUGAAUACCAAUAUUGAAGAUGAAUCCAGAUCUUUCUAUGGCGUUUCCAGCCAGUAUGAGAGCCCAGAAAACAUGGUCAUUACCUGUUCCACCAAAGUGUGUUCCUUUGGAAAGCAGGUGGUAGAGAAAGUAGAGACAGAGUAUGCGCGCUACGAGAACGGACACUACUCCUACCGUAUCCACCGCUCCCCUCUCUGCGAAUACAUGAUCAACUUCAUCCACAAACUCAAGCACCUUCCCGAGAAGUACAUGAUGAACAGCGUGCUGGAGAACUUCACUAUCUUACAGGUUGUGACAAACAGGGACACACAGGAGACCUUGCUGUGCAUAGCAUAUGUUUUUGAAGUAUCAACUAGUGACCACGGUGCCCAACAUCACAUCUACCGGCUGGUGAAGGACUAGAGACUCUCUGCCCUGAGUUGUCCAUGGAAUGCAUGUCUAAGAAAAAAGUCUGUGCUUGAACAACCCCUGCCCCCCGCCCCAAACCAAACUGAAAAAUAAACUGCAGAUAUUGUGUAUUUUCAGAAAAGUA